AUUACUGUGCAGCCGACGGGGAGCAGCGGGGAGAGGCGCCGCGCCCGCCGCCCCUGCCGCCCGCAGCCGCGCCCGUGCGCUUCCUCCUCCCUCCCCCGCCAAGUCCUUCCCCCUCCCCGCUGCGGGCCCCCCCCGGCAAGGCGACAUGGCCCCCAUCGGACUCAAGGCUGUGGUCGGAGAAAAGAUUAUGCACGAUGUGAUCCGGAAAGUGAAGAAGAAGGGCGAAUGGAAGGUGCUGGUGGUGGACCAGCUCAGCAUGCGCAUGCUGUCCUCCUGCUGCAAAAUGACCGACAUCAUGACGGAGGGCAUAACAAUUGUGGAAGAUAUCAACAAGCGCCGGGAGCCGCUCCCCAGUCUGGAGGCUGUCUAUCUCAUCACCCCAUCUGAGAAGUCCAUCCACUCUCUCAUCAAUGACUUCAAGGACCCUCCCACCUCCAAGUACAGAGCAGCCCAUGUCUUCUUCACUGACUCCUGCCCUGAUGCUCUUUUCAACGAGCUGGUGAAAUCCCGUGCCGCAAAGGUGAUCAAAACCCUGACAGAGAUCAACAUUGCCUUCCUCCCUUCCGAAUCACAGGUUUACUCCCUGGAUUCUGCUGACUCCUUCCAAAGCUUUUACAGCCCCCACAAGGCUCAGAUGAAGAACCCAAUUCUGGAGCGCCUGGCAGAGCAAAUUGCCACACUGUGUGCCACGCUGAAGGAGUACCCGGCAGUGCGGUACAGAGGAGAUUACAAAGACAACGCCAUGCUGGCCCAGCUCAUCCAGGACAAGCUGGAUGCCUACAAGGCUGAUGACCCCACCAUGGGUGAGGGUCCGGACAAGGCUCGCUCCCAGCUCCUCAUCUUGGAUCGGGGCUUUGACCCUGUUUCCCCGGUAUUGCAUGAACUGACCUUCCAGGCGAUGAGCUAUGACCUGCUGCCCAUUGAGAACGAUGUCUACAAGUACGAGACAAGCGGCAUUGGAGAAGCCCGGGUGAAGGAGGUUCUCCUGGAUGAGGACGAUGACCUCUGGGUCACCUUACGCCACAAACACAUUGCAGAGGUGUCCCAGGAGGUGACCCGAUCCCUGAAGGAAUUUUCUUCGAGCAAGAGGAUGAACACAGGCGACAAGACCACCAUGAGAGACCUGUCCCAGAUGCUGAAGAAGAUGCCACAGUACCAGAAGGAGCUCAGCAAGUACUCUACUCACCUGCACCUGGCUGAAGACUGCAUGAAGCACUACCAAGGCACAGUGGAUAAGCUAUGCAGAGUUGAACAGGACCUGGCCAUGGGCACUGAUGCUGAAGGUGAGAAGAUCAAGGACCCCAUGAGGGCCAUUGUCCCCAUCCUGCUGGAUGGGAAUGUCAGCACCUAUGACAAGAUCCGCAUCAUCUUGCUCUACAUCUUCCUGAAGAAUGGUAUCACUGAGGAAAACCUGAACAAGCUGAUCCAGCACGCUCAGAUCCCUGCAGAGGAUAGCGAGAUCAUCACCAACAUGGCCCACCUUGGGGUGCCCAUCAUCACAGACUCCACCCUGCGCCGCCGGAGCAAGCCGGAGCGGAAGGAGCGGAUCAGCGAGCAGACCUACCAGCUCUCCCGAUGGACCCCUGUUAUUAAGGACAUCAUGGAGGACGCUAUCGAUGACAAGCUGGACACCAAGCACUACCCUUACAUCUCCACCCGCUCGUCUGCCUCCUUCAGCACCACCGCCGUCAGCGCCCGCUACGGUCACUGGCACAAGAACAAGGCGCCGGGCGAGUACCGAAGCGGCCCCCGCCUCAUCAUCUUCAUCCUGGGCGGCGUGAGCAUGAACGAAAUGCGCUGCGCCUACGAGGUGACGCAAGCCAGCGGCAAGUGGGAAGUGCUAAUAGGCUCCACGCACAUCCUCACGCCGCAGAAGCUGCUGGACACGCUGAAGAAGCUGAAUAAAACAGAGGAGGAGAGCAGCAGUUAAACCGAGAGGCAGCGAGCGCCGCCCCCCCGGCCUCCCCCCGGGGCUUCGCCGAGCCGCCCCCGGCCCGGCCCCGGCCCCGGCCUGCGCCCUCGGUCUUGCGUUGCAAACCCGCCACCGCCCCCGGCCCGCGGUCCCGCCGAGGGCAGCGCGGCGAGGAAUCAUGUGAAUACCAGCGAUGCAUCGUGUUUCAUCAAGGAAAAGACAAAAAAGAAAAAAAAUAUAUAUAUAUACACACACACACACACACACACACACACACACACACACACACAUACACAUACAUAUAUACAUAUAUAUAUAUAUAUAUACAUAUAUAUAUAUAUAUAUACAUACAUAUAGCUAGCCGAAACCAAGAGCUCAUCGCUGAGUGAUCCACUACUCGUGGCUACAGGCUGGCGCCGCCAAAAAAUUAAAAAAAAAACUCACCCGACCGACCCAAACACCGGCGGCGGCAGCAGCCUGCCCCCCCCCCCCCCGCCCCGGCCACCAUUUCUGGGCCUCGUUUGGGUUUCCGCGGGCGGGUGAGCGGAGGCACUGCCGUGGCAUCCCCGAAAAGAAAUAUAAAUGUAGAUACACAUCUAUAUGCAUAUAUAUAUAUAGAUAUAUAUAUAGAUAUAUAUACACACACACAUUACAUAUAUGUGUGUGUGUGUAUAUAUACACAUAUAUAUAUACAUAUAGAUAUAUAUAUAUAUGAGCAAGAUUGGGUUCUCGCUCGCGGCCCGGGGCCGCCCCCGCCACCCUCGUCCCGCGGCGAAACGUUUCGGCCCGCGCCGGGCCGACCGCCCCGCUCGCCCGCUCCCCGCCAGCCCCCGCUCCCCGCGGACUCUGUGUAUAUUAAUUAAUGUGUCUCGUGACGUUCUUACAAGCUUGGUGUAUAGUGAUUUAACCAACCUUCGUUUCGUUUUGUUUUGGAGUUUUUUUGUUGUUGUUUUUUUUUUCUUUUUUUUUUUUUACAUUGGAGGAUUUCCCCUUCCUUUCCUCGCCUCUUGGUGCACUGCAAUAUUUUGGGGUCAUUCGCUUUGGUCUCUUUUGCUCCCUCCUGGUCUGAAGGCAGUGACCCCAUUUCCUCCCCCCCCCUGCAAAAUCUCUCUUUCUUGCCUCAUUGGUGGUUAGACUUUUCCCUCUCCUCCUUCCUCUCCCCCUCUGUUCCUUGCCCAUAAAGUUAAAUAUAUAUUUUUAGGGCAAAGGCUGUAUCAUUGCACUGAUAUUUGUUGGUUCCUCCUUGGUCUUCUCCCCUCCUUUCAGGUCUUUCUCAGUUUAGCAAUGCAAAUGCUUCAGGAUCUUGUAUGUUGGACAUUUUUUUUUUCUGUUACAGUUAUUUAUAUAAAAAAUAAUUUAUCAAAAAGGAAAAUUAAAAAAAAAAUCUAGUCUGUCUUGGAACUUGUUUACCUUAAAAUUACUGGAAUCUAAAUGUUUGAAAGUGUUGAAGCACAAACAUGUAUCAUCUCUGUAUAUCUGUUCUUCUGUACUAAAGCACUCGAGUGACUAAAUAAACGCGAUCUCCAUACCUAGUGCAAA